CAAAAUCCAAAAAAAUGAAAUUAAAAUUAAAGUGCAUCUUGCAAAUAAUUCUAAAUUGGAAAGAAUGGAUUUUUACAACACAGACCAGGGUGACAAAAUUGAAACAAAUCUAAACCACAACCAAAUGGAAACAAAUUUGAUUCUUGGAGGCACAAAAUCGUAUCAAUUUUCCACAACGGCAUCCCCAAUCCAGGUGACUUCAGGGGCACCCCAUUUCAAGAUCUGCGACAUAGAAUUCGGCAGAGCUCGUCAACCAUCAUCGAAGUUCAUCAAUUUUUGAAAACAUCAAAGCUAUGUCACCGUUAAAAAUCGAGUUCGUUAUUGCUAAAUCUUCUACCCCCUCGUCAUUUUAGCCCAAUAAACCGGAAGAUGAAAU